AUUUUCUUCGUCAAACUCGUACGGACGGAUAUUCCGCUGAAUCAAUACAUCGUUGGUUUCUGAGACAGCCACCUUCGGAUCUCAGAUCGCCACGCUUCCUUUGAUUUUGUCUUCCUGCUUCUUCAUUUCCUAUUCUCAGCUUCCAAUUUUUCUUCUUUUUUCUUUGGGGGGUUUCGUUCCUCUGUGCGCCAUCCCUAAUUCGAUACCAUGAGGAAGAAGCUCGACACCCGUUUCCCCGCUGCUCGGAUAAAGAAGAUAAUGCAAGCAGAUGAGGAUGUUGGAAAGAUAGCAUUGGCGGUUCCAGUUUUAGUAUCUAAAGCUCUGGAGUUAUUUUUGCAAGAUCUUUGUGACCGUACUUAUGAAAUAACACUUCAGAGAGGAGCAAAGACCAUGAAUGCAUUGCAUUUGAAGCAUUGUGUACAAAGUUAUAACGUCUUUGACUUUCUGAGAGACAUUGUCAGCAGGGUUCCAGACUAUGGGCAUGGGCAUGGGCAUGGCCAUUCUGAGGCUGGAGCUGAUGAUCGCACACUUUCAAAGAGAAGGAAAGCUGCUGGUGAGGAGGGCAAUGACAGUGAUGAAGAGGCUAAGAGGAGUAAGAUGCGUGAGUUGGGCCACACUGGCACUACUGGUAGGGGAAGAGGUCGAGGUAGAGGAAGAGGCCGAGGACGUGGGACUCGAACCGUCGAAAGAGAUAUCUGUCAUCAGCAGGUUGAAUCUGAGCCCUGCACGUCUAUUCAGCACAGUAGCAAUGAUAUUCCUAAUACAAGUGUGCCAUUAGAUAAUGGUCCGCAAUCCAAGGAGUUACCGAAGGAGAAUUUUGCAGUUUCUGAGGAAAGUACUCAAUCUUUCCGUAACAUUGAUUUGAAUGCCAACUUAAAUGAAAACGAAGACAAAAAUGCUAGCACAGCUGUCCAGGCUUCAUUGUCUGAGCCCACUGCCAUGGAGAUUAAACAUGAAGAAAUUCCAGGCUGGUCUCUAUCUGAUGCGGACAAGAUGGCCAUUGACACUAUGCAGCUUGCAAACCUUGGUAAUCGACUAGAAGAGGAUGAGGAAGAUUAUGACGAGGAAGGGUAAAUAACAUACACAUUGGGAGAUUAGCUCUGCAGGAAGCUAGUGGUAACAGAAGAAUUAGUACGUACUAGUGCUAUGAUGACUAUCCUCUAGUAACCACUGUAUGUUCCCAUGCUAAGUAUCUGAUGACCCCUCUCUUCUUUAUCUGUUCUGGUAUGUAUCUGUUCUCAUGUAGCAGAUGUAGCUUUUCUCUUCUUUAAUAGUAAUGUUAGCUUCAUGCACUUAGGCUUUAAAUGGAUGUUGGUAGUUGACAACCACCUUUCUAGUACAGGUCUUGGUAAAGCUUGGUUAUUAGUUGAUUUCAUUAUGUUGGGUUAUUCAAGAUAUUUGUUGCUGAUAAAAUAGUUUUCUACUUUUCUGUUCCUCAA